GAGGAAGAGCGCGGCCGGGUGCGCGGCGCGGAGCAGGGGCCCGGCCGAGGCAACGGCGCGCGGGCCACCAUGGCCACGGACGAGCUGGCCAGCAAGCUGAGCCGGAGGCUGCAGAUGGAGGGCGAAGGCGGCGAGGCGACUGACCAGCCGGGGCUCAACGGGGCGGCGGCGGCGGCAGCCGGGGCUCCCGACGAGACUGCCCAGGCGUUGGGCAGCGCGGACGACGAGCUGAGCGCCAAGCUGCUGCGGCGCGCGGACCUCAACCAGGGCAUCGGCGAGCCGCAGUCGCCCAGCCGCCGCGUCUUCAACCCUUACACCGAGUUCAAGGAGUUCUCCAGGAAGCAGAUCAAAGACAUGGAGAAGAUGUUCAAACAGUAUGAUGCCGGCAGGGAUGGCUUCAUCGACCUGAUGGAACUGAAACUCAUGAUGGAGAAACUGGGCGCCCCCCAGACUCACCUGGGCCUGAAGAGCAUGAUCAAUGAGGUGGAUGAGGAUUUUGACAGCAAACUCAGCUUCCGGGAGUUCCUUCUGAUCUUCCGCAAGGCGGCAGCAGGGGAGCUUCAGGAAGACAGUGGCUUGCACGUGCUGGCCCGCCUUUCGGAGAUCGACGUCUCCACCGAGGGCGUUAAGGGGGCCAAGAACUUCUUCGAGGCUAAGGUACAGGCCAUCAACGAGUGCAGCCGCUUUGAGGAAGAGAUCAAAGCCGAGCAAGAGGAAAGGAAGAAGCAGGCUGAGGAAGUGAAGCAGCGCAAAGCGGCCUUUAAGGAGCUGCAGUCCACCUUCAAGUAGCCAGGGCCGAGGCCAAGUCCUGGCCAGCCCUGCCCCGUGUUCGGUCGUCCGGGGGCGUGGGUGGGUACAGGAGACCUGAGGGAGACAAGGACCACUGCUAAAAUCUAAGCCGUAUGUUAACGGAUCUCAUCCGGGAGUCUCCCCGGUGGUUGGGCCAGUCCCUGUCCCCGCCUGCUGUUCCUGAGGCUGUGACACCCACCAGCAUCCUCUCUGGCCAUCCCUGUGUCUGUUCUCUGGCUACCCUGCUGCCCGCUCUAGCCCAGCUCCAGCCCAUUCACGCCCCUGCCUUGUAUACCAGCAGCUCUCUCCACCUACCCUUAACUAUACAGGCUGCCCUGCCCUGGGCCUGAUGGCCCCUCCCUGGAUAGGGACCAGCAGAGAGAGAGAGCCCCCUCCCCGGGGCAGUUCCUUUCAGAUGGGCACCGUCUCUACUGGAAGCGGAGGGGCUCCUGUAUUUGUGCGGAGAUCCAGGCCCUAGCACUCUAGGCUGAUCUAAAUGGGGCCCAGCCGGGCGGGGUGAAGGCCACUGUGCGAAUCUACCUCACAGGCUACACUCUGCUAGGCAUGCCAUGGGGACGUGAGUGACAGGGCUCUGUGGGGAGGGGCAGGAAGGCCACUCUGUGACACCGCACCCCCAGAGGGUCCCAAGGGGCUGUGGAGAGAGAGGUGGGAUCGCUAAGGGAUUGGCCCUCCUAGAGAGGACCUCAGCACUCUGCCUUGACCCCCCAGGGAGUGCCUGAUGUGUUUGUGUGUAUUGGCAGUAGGACACGGGGCUGGCACCCCUUCCGCACCAUCCCUUCCUGGGUUCGCCACCAGUGACAGCACCCACCUGUCAUGCCCCCCCCCCGGAGAACGCAUGGGGAUUCCCCGAGCCCAUCACCAGACAGGCCAUAGUGAAACCCGUGCUGUUCCUCCAUGGCUCCAUGUGCUUGCUCACGCGUGUGUACGUGUGUGUCCGUUGCCGUGUUGUGAAACUGUGACGUUACCCAGUCCAAGUGAAUGGCCAUCGAGGCCACCGUUAUGCAAUGUUCGGUAUGUCACUGCUUUUGAAACUCGAUGACUCUUUAUUUUACUACAAUGCCUCAAGAGUCCCCGGCUGCCCCCGUGGGACCGCAAAGGUUUUAUUUUUUCGGUCUUAGGACCUACGAGAAUUGGAGGGGCCGAGCCACAGCCGUGGCCCUGGCUUGCGUUUGCCUUUAGUGGAUAUGUUUAUACAGAUGAAUAUAAAUUCCCUUUACUUUUGGCUUUCUGCAUUUUAUUUUAUUUUUUUUUGUUCUCCCUCUCACCAUCUCCCGACUCCCUCCCAAAAAGAAAAAAAAAAAAAGCUACUUCUUCAUUCGGUGGUACGAUUAUUUUUUUUAACUAAAGUGAGAUAAAAUUCUA